AUGUCUUUGAUGAACAAAGCGGUUAGUCGUUUCAGGACUGCUGGGUGGCUGGAGAAAGCCGGGUACUCUCCGUGGUUGUACCUGUACAGGAACCUAGAGCGUGGCCAAGUGAUGUACUCGCAGUUGCCAGAGUAUGGGGAGCGCAACAUCAAGACGCAGUUCAAGCGACACCAGUGGGAGAACAAGACGCCGAGCCUGCGCCGAGACAUAUGGCGUGUGAUGUGUGUUGUGCAGAUGCCGAACCACCAGGACAGCGUGCAAGUGUACCAGAACCUGUGCAGGUUGAGGUAUAUGCGUGAUGUGCUGUAUCGGGAGGAGGCGCAGAAGCACAGGAAGCUUAACGACAAGGGCCAAGUGUGGUACAGCGGCCAGUACAGACCGACUUACACGCAGGAGGCAGUUGCAGACCUGAAGGAGUCCAUUGACAAGAGCGGCAGUGCGGGACCUGUUACGCUAGUGUGGGAGGAUAUGUGGCGGAUGGGUGAGCGGUCUGUGUGGGAAGAGUUAGACCUAGAGAUCAAACACAGGGCGCUGCCUAAGCUGGGCAAUGUUAUCCGUGACGAGCACGCCAUGCUGAAACAGUUGCAACUGGAGUCUCUGGAGUGA